AUGACAAAGGACAAACAAAUCAUAGGUGGAGAAGAUGGGAUUUCUGAGCAGAGCGAGAUGACUGAAAGACCAAAAUGGGACAAUAAAGUUCAAUAUUUGCUAACCUGCAUAGGUUUUGCUGUGGGACUUGGAAAUGUGUGGAGAUUUCCAUAUUUGUGUCAAAUCUAUGGUGGAGGGGCAUUUUUGAUUCCUUAUGUCAUUGCCUUGGUGUUUGAGGGUCUUCCUCUGCUGUACAUGGAGUUGGCCAUUGGACAACGGAUCCGCAUGGGAAGCAUUGGAGUGUGGAAUUCAAUCUCCCCGUAUAUGGGAGGUUUAGGUGUGGCUUCCUUGUUAGUAUCCUUCUUAGUUGGUCUGUUCUACAACAUGAUCUUGUCUUGGAUCCUCUGGUACUUCUUCCACUCCUUUCAAAGUCCCCUUCCGUGGAGGGACUGCCCAGUAAACUUGAACCAUACCGGCUAUGUGAGUGAAUGUGAAAAGAGCUCACCAGUGAAUUAUUUUUGGUACCGUGAAACACUGAAUGUAACACCGAACAUCGAGACUAGCGGGUCCUUACAGUGGUGGCUUGUGUUGUGUCUUGCAACUGCUUGGUGCCUAGUGUAUAUCUGCUUCAUACGUGGAAUUGAGACUAUUGGAAAGGCUAUUUAUGUCACAGCCACCUUUCCAUACCUUGUCUUGACUAUCUUCUUGAUCAGAGCCUUGACUCUGUCUGGGGCAACUGAUGGCUUGAUAUAUCUCUUCACUCCAAAUUGGGAAACCCUGAAAAAUCCUAACGUCUGGUUGGAUGCUGCUACUCAGAUCUUUUUCUCUUUGUCUUUGGCCUUUGGGGGACUAAUUGCUUUUUCCAGUUAUAAUCCCCAGAAAAAUGAUUGUGAGAGAGAUGCCCUAAUUGUGGGACUUGUGAACAGUUUUACAUCAAUAUAUGCAUCGAUUCCUAUUUUUUCCAUUCUUGGAUUUAAAGCAAAUGAAAACUACAAUAACUGCCGAAAUUGGAACAUACUGAAAUUGACAAAUGCAUUUAAUAUUGGCAAUGAAAACAUAACUCUUGAAAACUACGAUGACUGGUUGAACUAUCUCAAUGGUACUGAUCCAACAGAGGUUGAAAGCCUCAAUCUAAAGACCUGCAAUCUACAGACUUUCCUGGACCAGAGUGCCUCUGGAACUGGACUGGCCUUUAUUGUGUUCACUGAGGCGGUGAUAAACAUGCCCGGCUCUCAGGUGUGGUCAGUGCUCUUCUUCGUCAUGCUCUUCAGCCUGGGUCUGUCCUCUAUGUUUGGAAACCUAGAAGGGGUCCUCACUCCUCUGCUGGAUCUGCAUGUGGUUCCAUCCUGGAUGCCUAAGGAGAUAUUCACAGGGUUAAUAUGUCUCAUCUCCUUUACUGUGGCCCUCAUCUUUACUCUGGGCUCUGGAAACUACUGGCUGGAGAUAUUCAACAGUUAUGUGGGAUCCAUGCCUCUGCUUAUCAUAGCAUUCUUUGAGAUCAUCAGUGUGGUAUAUAUCUAUGGAAUAAAUAGGUUCAAUGAGGACAUUGAAUGGAUGACGGGUCGGAGGCCGAACAUGUACUGGCAGGCCACUUGGCGCUUUAUCAGCCCUUUCAUGCUUCUUGUGGUUUUUGUGGCAUACGUGGUGGCUGAGGCUGAAAAACGACCAACGUAUAAUGCUUGGAAUCCAGAUUACGUGCACUUCCCCCUUGCUGAUGUUCUGCACUACCCUGAAUGGGUUUAUGUUAUCUGUGUGCUCUUAUCUGUCCUUCCUGUUGUCUCCAUUCCUCUAGUAGCUCUCUACAAAUUCAUGGGCUUCCUGAAGAAGCGCAUCAUGAACAGGCACAAUCAAAACCCGUAUGCAAAUGAAUUUCAUAAUGGAGAUUUGUAA